AUGCAGAGGCCGCCGCCCGGCCAGGCCGCGCCGCACCGCCCGCCCGCCCGCCGCGCCUGUGCGUGGGCCCCGCCGCCCGCCGCGCCCGCCGCGCCGCCCAGCCCGCCGCGCAGCCCCGAGCCCGGCGGCUAUGGCCUCGGCCCGGCCGGCCGCGGCGAGCGCCUGGCGGCCGACGAGCUGCGCGUUCGACGGCCCAUGAACGCCUUCAUGGUGUGGGCGAAGGACGAGCGCAAGCGGCUGGCGCAGCAGAACCCGGACCUGCACAACGCGGUGCUGAGCAAGAUGCUGGGCAGGGCGUGGAAGGAGCUGAGCCCCGCGGAGAAGCGGCCCUUCGUGGAGGAGGCGGAGCGGCUGCGCGUGCAGCACCUGCGCGACCACCCCGACUACAAGUACCGGCCGCGCCGCCGGAAGCAGGCGCGCAGGGCGCGGCGCGCGGAGCCGGGCCUCCCGCCGCCCGGCCUCCCGCUGCUGGGCCCGCCGCCCCCCGGGCCGCCGCCCGAGCCCUUCCCCGCGGCGCCCGGCCCGGGCCGCGCCUUCCGCGAGCUGCCGCCGCUGGGAGCCGAGUUCGACGGCCUCGGGCUGCCCACGCCCGAGCGCUCGCCGCUGGACGGCCUGGAGCCCGGCGAGGCCGCCUUCUUCCCGCCGCCCGCGGCGCCCGAGGACUGCGUGCUGCGGGCCUUCCGCGCGCCCUACGCGCCCGCCGCGCCGCCCCGGGAGCCCGGCCGCUACGGGGCGCCCCCGGGGGAGGCGCUCAGGACCGCGCCCGCGCCGCCGCCCGGCCUCUACUGCGGCCUGGGCGCCCCCGGCCCGCUCUCGCCGCCGCCCGAGGCCCCGCCGGAGGGCGCCGAGCCGCUGGGGCCCGUCGCCGACCUGUGGGCGGACGUGGACCUCUCCGAGUUCGACCAGUACCUGCACUGCGGCCGGGCGCGGCACGACGCCGCCGGGCUGCCCUGCCACCUGGCGCUGGCCAGGCUGGGCCCGCGCGCCAUGUCCUGCCCCGAGGAGAGCAGCCUCAUCGCCGCGCUGUCCGACGCCAGCAGCGCCGUGUACUACAGCGCCUGCAUCUCGGGCUAG